AUGGUUUCCAAAACCACGCGAGCUGCUACUGCAUCUGCAAGAAGAGUGGCUGCACGCAUGCGUGCGGCCGCGGAAAGUGCCUCUCACGCCUUAGUAGCAGGCGAUUCGUCGCCUGUUGUCGUGAAACCUCCACGUGGUGAGUCACCACUUGCGACAGGUACAUCCGUUGCGUCUGCAGCGGGUACAUCGAAUCGUAAUCCAGACGAGUCUGAGAUAGAGCUCAUCUAUUCUGGCGAGUCCGAUGAUGCAUCCGACUCGAAGGCGACUCCUCACGCCUCGGGAUCACCGGGGGCGGACGCUGCAAAAGCCAGGCUGACUGGCUCUGGUCAUCGCGGCAGCAUCAUGACCGAGAUCUUCGGAUCGAGUGAUACUCCGAUGAGUCUCCGCCUCACGCAAGUCCAUUCAUCGGUGGUGGGCAUAGGAUGCACCUAUGCCCACCACGAGCGAAGUAACUCAAGAAAUCGGGGCAACACUGGUGCCAGUGCUCAUGAUGGCACCAAUCAAGAGGCCAGGGACCGAAAUGUCCUGCGCCACGCUCCUCAAGUGGAGUUUCCGUGGAUGCCGUCAUCCACAGAGUUGAACCGGUUGGCCGGCACGACUACCGAACGCGAUAGAAUCCCGUUGUUCGAUUGCAGGAAGAUUUGCCCUCCUGGUUCUAGCACGGAAGCUAUCCGUGCUGAGGAAGAGUUCUUCACCGAUGCGUUCUUCAAAGAUCGGUGGUACAAUGGUAUCCGUGUACGAGACGGCAAAGCCUUGGUGUAG